GAUUAUAUAUUUUGUCGUGCAAUGGAUGAAUUAAUAGAAAUUUUAAUUGAGUUGGAAGGCGAACCGUUUUUGAACGUGUUUAUUGAAAGCGGUCUAACUAAGGAAUCAUUGAAGCUCCUAAAGCCAAGCCAUUUGGAUACAUUGAUCGACACAUCGCAGUUUGGACCAAGGGUAAUUUUUGAGCAUAAUCUGCUCAAUUGGCAAGCGCAACAGGGAAUAAAAACACAAGCCAUUCACACUGAGGCAUGCGCUUUAUUGGCAAAUGAAUAUCGUGGCGAGGAAUCUUUUGAAGCAAUACUCAGUAAGUCGGCGGGUGGAUCAAAAAUCCUGAAAUACUAUCUGCAACAGUUGCAAAUUAUUUUAUUUCUGCUGAAGUACAUCCAAACCCUAAAACAUUUGAAGCUUUCGCCAAUAAAAUUGUGGAUUUAUUUCCGAGUGAAUCUAAAGUCUGAUCACAACCUAAAAUUUUUAUUAAAAAAAAGUUUUCUAACCUCGAUUUCAUUUACACAGGAUAUAUAUUACAUUCAUAAGAAAGGAAAAAAGCCAGGUGGAUCUCUGUAUGCUAAGUACCACAGUGUAUUAUUGAAACUUAGACGGGAUGGUCUUAUUUCCAAAAGAGAUGUAGAACCAACAACAAAAGGAACGGAGAUUAAUUCUUGCGUAACAGAUUGCAUUCAAGAAAAAUCAUGGUUAAAGUAUAACGUUGAACCAUUCGAUGAAGUUCAACUAAAAUGGGAAGCGACUUUUGCUGUGCGACGACAAAUGCUACAAAAAGAUGCCAAUUUAAAUACAAUUUUAGAAGAAUGGCCUCAGUAUAAGCAGAGUUUUGGACAUUUAAUGAUAGAACUGGAUUUUAAGAAGCUGUACCCCGAAAAGCAAAAUUUGUUAUUUGAUAAAUGGGAGAGCUUCUGUCAAGCGAUUCCACCUUUGCUAGAAAUUUACAUUAAAGAUUCAAACAGCUUAACUACUUGGAGGCAGUUUAAAGAAGGAAGCAUCAAUGCUGAUGCAAAAGACUUAGUCAUUUUUUAUCUUCUACACUCUGUCUUAAUUCCAACUGGCCGAACAUAUAGAACAUGAAAACAGACAAAAAAAAAACACUUCAUCAAGUACACUAUUGUACACUAUUGAUUCAAGAAAUAGUUUCUUACUGUGGGCACCGACAAGUAGUGAACUUCAGUCAAAAUUGAAAUUAAUGGUAGAUGCAAAUUAUAUGGACAAAAGUACGAUUCAGCCAAUUAUAUGUUCCAUUGGAUUGAAUUAUUUUUAUUGCAAGGAAUUUUAUGUGUAUUUCGCCGAUAUAUUUUAUAAGUUCGAUAACCUAAUCAAGUGUAUUGAUGUGUGUUUUAAAACAUUCCAUGUACUUAACCUUGAGUAUCCGCCCGAAUGU